AUGACAUUUGGAGGGGAAAUUGUGGUUCUUGGUGGUGAUUUCAGACAAAUACUGCUUAUGAUUCCUAAGGGAAAAAGACAAGAUAUAGUUGGAGCAAGUAUCAACUCAUCUUAUCUUUGGCAUAGUUGUAAAGUCCUAAGAUUGACUAAGAAUAUGAGAUUACAACGUUUGGGGGAAAAUGAGACUUAUGCCGAUAUUGACGCAUUUUCAAAGUGGAUAGCUGUAGGUGAUGGAUUGAUUGGUGGGACCAAUGAUGGUUCGGCAGUAAUAAACAUUCCGGAACAAAAUGCAUUGCGGCCAAAUGGAGAUUCAAUUGCAGCAAUAGUAAAUAGAACAUUCCCGGAAUUUUGCUCAGGCAAUCUUUAUAUGGACUCUCUAAAUGGUCGGGCUAUUCUAGCCCUAACUCUGGAUUUAAUUAGUUCAUGA